GCGCCGGAAGUCGCUCGGAGACCGAAUUCAGGGAAAAUGGCCAACCGGACGGUGAAAGAUGCCCAUAGUGUGCAUGGAACAAACCCACAGUACCUGGUGGAAAAAAUCAUUCGCACAAGGAUCUAUGAGUCCAAAUACUGGAAGGAAGAAUGCUUCGGGCUGACGGCUGAACUUGUGGUGGAUAAAGCCAUGGAGUUGAAGUUCAUUGGUGGUGUUUUUGGCGGUAACAUAAAACCCACUCCAUUCCUCUGUCUGUCUCUGAAGAUGCUGCAGAUUCAACCAGAAAAGGACAUCAUUGUGGAGUUCAUAAAGAAUGAAGAUUUCAAGUACGUGCGUGCGUUGGGAGCUCUGUACAUGCGACUUACAGGGACCGCCAGUGAUUGCUACAAGUAUUUGGAGCCAUUAUAUAACGAUUACCGGAAAGUCAAAGUCCAAAACAGGGAUGGAGACUUUGAACUUAUGCAUGUAGAUGAAUUUAUUGAUCAGCUUCUUCACAGUGAACGUGUCUGUGAUAUCAUAUUGCCACGGUUACAGAAAAGAUAUGUUCUGGAAGAGACAGAGCAGCUUGAUCCACGUGUAAGUGCACUGGAGGAAGAUAUGGAUGAUGUGGAGUCUAGUGAGGAGGAAGAAGAAGAUGAUGAUAAGGGUAGAGAACCUUCCCCAGAGCAUCACCGAAGAAGCUACAGAGACCUGGACAGGCCACGUAGGUCACCCUCUCCACGUUACCGGAGAAGCCGCAGCCGCUCACCCAGAAGGCGCAGCCGAUCUCCAAAGAGGAGGAGUCCUUCUCCGCCUCGUCGUGAAAGACACAGAAGCAAAAGUCCAAGAAGGCACCGCAGCCGAUCCAGGGAGAGGAGGCACAGAUCCAAAUCCAAGUCUCCAGGACACCAUCGCAGUCACAGACAUAGAAGCCACUCUAAGUCACCUGAACGGUCAAAGAAAAGCCAUAAAAAAAGCAGAAGAGGAAACGAGUGAGAGGCUGAUCUUGGCGUUCAUCUUGGUUUAUAUUUCCCUUUUUGUAUAUAAUAAACUCAUAGACCUUUUCCGAGUUUCGAUUUAUUUUAAACCUUGUCACCUCGCAAUAAGGUUGGUUCUUAUCAAAGUUGUUUUGUGGAAGUAUUUUUAAUAAAAGUAUAAACUAC